AUGACGGCGCCAGCUCGUGAGCCCGAUAGCAACGAUCCAUCGAGAAAUCUCACUCGACAAGACUCGUGGGAAAUAUACUCGGACGAGUCGGACGGAGAGGACAGCGAGCUGAAGGCAGCAGCCAGUAAUGGUACGCAGACAGGCACAGGUUCUGGCCACAACACACACCCCGCCCCGGUUGGGCAGCAGCAGCCGCAAGGUACGGGGUCAUCCGGACCGAAUGGCGUCCCAGAUGCUCUGCUACCAGGCGGUGGACGAGCUCAGACCAACCCGUUCUUGCGAAAUAAGUCAUCGCAGAGCUCGGUUGCACCUCCAACAGAGGCUCUAUCCAGGUUGCGUACGACAGAUGCGCCACCUAAUCCAUGGCAGCAGCAUCAGCAGCUGGGGAGGUCGGGAACUGUCAGGUCGGCAUCUGACUACGGUACACCGCCCGCUACCUCGACGUCCGGGACAAAUCCUUGGGAGUCGAAGCCCCUUGACCGCGAUUACUCGCCCGCUCUCGACUUUCCAGACGACUCCCCCGUUGCUGCAGCUCCCGCAGUGCGGCUUGCCGACCCAAGUAGCGUGUGGGAACUGACCUCAGGGAUCCCCGCCCACGCACCAGACACCACCACCCUCCCCCCGGCGACGAUACAGGCCGUUUCGUACGCAUCUCCAGCUCAACCGCCGACAUGUACGCGCGGGCCAUCAGCCCCUCCGAUACUCGAUGUAUCGGCCCAGCCUACAGGAAUACCAUCCAUAUCAAAGGCGCCGUCUCCUCAGCCGCCGCCCAAGAUUGUGGCCCCGAUCGAGGCAGGGGCGUCGCAGGAUCGACGCUCCCGAUCCCAUUCACCCGCGAUAGCUUCCCUCCCCUCUGACGACGACUCGACCUGGGCCGAUGUCUCUCAAGGACAGGCAACGACCGGCGAAAGCAACGCCUGGACCGGUCUGGACGCAUUUGAAAGGCCAGACAAGGGUAAAGAGAGAGCAGCAGAGGCCCAGGUAGAUGAAUGGAAGCUUGUCGACCUCGGGGAAGGCUCUGCAGUCGCCGAAGAUAGAUCUGCCGAGGACACAGGAGAGCAACGGCGUGCGCGGCCAUCGACUUCUGGCAAUGACGGUCGGUGGCUUUCGCCCCGGCCAGCAGUCGACACCAAGACGGAGAUGUACCAGAUCAAGAAGAUCAAAUGGAACGACGCCACAACUUCGCAGAAUCCGCGCCCCUCUCCCAUCCUGGUCCAGAACGCCAACGGACCCUGCCCUCUGGUUGCCUUGGUCAACGCCCUCUCGCUGACGACACCCGCCGACGUCGAUGAUGCAUCGCUUGUGGAUGUUCUGAGAUCGCGAGAACAGAUCAGUCUGAACCUUCUCCUAGAUGCCGUGUUCGAGGAGCUCAUGUCCCCGCGUCGGACCAACCCAGACGCACCACUGCCCGAUGUCGGGGACCUGUACGCGUUUCUCAUGAGCCUGCACACAGGCAUGAAUGUCAACCCGCGGUUCAUACCGUCCCGUGAAAUAAGACAGGCCUACGCACGGACCUCACUGACGCAGCUGAGACCUUCUGACAGGGGAAAUCUCAUCCCGGGUACAUUUGAGAAUACACAUGAGAUGUCCCUAUACGCGACAUUCAAGAUUCCCCUCAUCCACGGAUGGCUUCCACAAGUCGACGAUGUAGUGUAUGGGGCUCUUGAGCGCCAGGCACAGUCGUACGAAGAUGCGCAGAACCUCCUCUUCAGGCAGGAGGAGCUGGAGAUGAAGCUGUCCGACUCGACGGACGGACUCACUGGCGAGGAGCAGCUGCUGUAUCAGGAUAUCGUGACGAUACGGGCAUUCCUCGACUCGUCUGCCACGCAGCUCACCCCCUGGGGUAUCGACGUCAUCUCCAAGGCCAUCCGACCAGGCACGUUUGCCAUACUGUUCCGAAACGACCACUUCAGCACUCUAUACUGCCACCCCCAGACCCUGGAACUCGUCACCUUGGUGACGGACGAGGGAUACCGGUCUUACCCAGACGUGGUGUGGGAGAGCCUCGUCGACACGAGCGGGCAACGUACGCAGUACCUGUCUGGCGACUUCAAAGUCAUCGACCACGGACAGCUGACCACGCUCGACGGGGCCGGAAACAGGCAAAGUGGCAGCGGUGGCGACUGGACUGCGGUACGGAACAGGCGGGGCGGCCGGGGCGCCAGCCAGGCUCCGGGGACGUCCUCGGAGGCAGAGGCGGCGGCGGCGGCGGCAGCCGAACCAGGGCUGGACGCCCGGGAGCAGGAGGAUCGCGACAUGGCCCUGGCUCUCCAACUCCAGGAAGAGGAGGACCAGAGGCAGAGAGAGGAUGCGCGGCGCGAAAGGGAGCAGCGGACAACGAAUCAGUACAUUGAGCAGCAGGGGCGACGGCCGUACGGCUCGUCGACGAGCGGCACCAGGGCGUCGUCGGGAAACCACAGCAUCGCUCCGGCGCGCCGCAGCUCCAACGUCAAUACCUACGUGACUCGUCCGGAUGCUGCAAGGCCGCAACACCAGCGAACGUCGCCAAUGCCGGCACCGCCGGCCUCGCCACAAAACAUCCGACCCAUGCUCCCACCCCGCGGUCAGGACUUGCCGCACCAGACGGCAGAUGUGCCGCCGCCUUAUGAGCAGGCAGCCCACGACGAGCCAUUCCGGCCUCCGAUGGGCCACCCAAGCCACGAGACAAGCUCGACAGAUGUCUCCGGGCCGUCGACUAGCAAUGCGAGUGUUGAUGUGCCGCCCGGGAGACCAGGACGGUACGGGUACGGCCAGCGUCCGUCGGCGAUGGGAUCGUCUACGAGUAUACGGCCAUCGGGUGAGGGGAUUGGGAGAAACAGGGACCGUGAUUGUCGGGUCAUGUAG